GUGAAGGCAUCAAUUGGGAGUGUUUGGGAUGUCGUAAUAAAAACGUGUGAUGAACAAGGUGCUGGAACGGAUGCAGCUGUUUAUUUGAAAGUUUUUUACGAGACUGAUCAUGCUAGCGAAAUAUUCCAGCUCGAUAAUCCUGGAACGUUCGUUCCUAUUGCAUUUCAAAGUUUAUCAUCCUCUUACGAAUAA